GUUGACACAAAGAGAAGGAAUCCAAUCCUGUCGGAGAGAUGAACUAAACCCUAAUUCACAGCAAAAUAAAAACAAACAAUGAAAGCUGCCGUCUUUCCCUCUAAAAUCGCAAGCCUAGGCCUCCCUUCUGGCCACCGUUGCGCACUAUUCUUCCGAUCACCUCCCGCAUUGCCUUCCUCGUUUUCUACAACUCCUUGUCGGAAGCUGGCAAGAGGAAUAAGGGGUAGUGAAGGAUUCAUGUCUCAUUCGUCGUCAUCUUCUCAAUUGUUUUCGUCUCUAUCGAAUUCAUUCUCCUCUCAAUCGGAAUCGGAGUUACCUUCUCCGAAGCCAAAGUCUCCGCCGCCGCAGCUCCCAUGGCUCAUAGUCGGUUUGGGCAAUCCCGGGAAAAAGUAUCAGGGCACUCGCCACAACGUUGGGUUUGAGAUGGUGGACGCUUUGGCUGAAGCCGAAGGGAUAUCCAUGAACACCGUUAACUUCAAGGCCUUGUUUGGCAAAGGCGUUAUUGGAAACAUACCGAUUAUGCUGGCGAAACCUCAAACUUUCAUGAACGCCAGUGGUGAGUCUGUUGGACAAAUUGUUUCCUUUUACAAGAUCCCGCUAAAGCAAGUACUUGUGAUUUACGAUGAUUUAGACUUGCCCUUUGGUAAACUGCGUUUACUGCCAAAAGGUGGCCAUGGGGGGCACAAUGGGAUGAGAAGCAUUAUAGAUCGCCUAAAAGGGAGCCGUGAUUUUCCUCGUCUAAGAAUAGGGAUUGGACGGCCUCCAGGGAAGAUGGAUACAGCCAAUUAUGUUCUUCGCCAGUUUAAUAAACAAGAACAGGAAGAGUUGGAUUAUACAUUUCAAACAGGGUUAGAGGCUAUAAGGAUCAUGUUGCUUGAAGGCUUCAACAAAAGUGCAACCUUUGUCAACACUCAAAAAUCUAUGCAACAACUCAGUUGAAAAAGAGAGAGGAAGAGAGAUUGUUCCAUCACAUAACUACAGAGUUUCCAGGCCGAUUCAUUAUUAGAAAAUCUCAAUUCAUAUUUCAUUUGAGCAAAUUGUACUAUAUCAGAAGAAAAACAAAUUUAUUAGCUUUGACAUAAUUUGCUCUUGAUUAUAAUAAAAUUUAAAUCUAUUCUA